CGGAGGCAGAAGCAGGGACCGGCCGGGCGCGCCAGUCCCGCAGCCGCGCGGAGCCGAGCUGAGCCACGCCGAGCGCGGCGGCCCGACCCGGAGCACCCAUGCUGCUGACGCUGGCCUGGGGCUCGCUCUUCUUCCCCGGGCUUUUCGCGCUCUGCACCUGGGCGCUGCGCCGCUCGCGGCCGGCAUGGCCCUACACCGACUGCGUGAUGAUCAGCACCAGGCUGGUUUCUUCAGUGCAGGCUGUGCUGGCCACCGGGUCGGGGAUCGUCAUCGUGCGCUCCUGCAGCGACGUAAUCAACAGCAGGCACUGGCUUGCCCGAGAAUACGUCUGGUUUUUGAUUCCAUACAUGAUCUAUGACUCCUAUGCCAUGUACCUUUGUGAUUGGUACCGAACCAGUGAUCAGAACCACAGACGCUCCACCAUUUUUAGAAAUUUCCUGAGUCAGAACCGCCUCAUGAUCACCCACCAUGCAGUCAUUCUAUUUGUCCUUGUGCCAGUUGCUCAGAGGCUCCGGGGAGACCUUGGGGACUUCUUUGUCGGCUGCAUCUUCACUGCAGAACUGAGUACUCCAUUUGUAUCAUUAGGCAGAAUUCUGAUUCAGCUAAAGCAGCAGCACACCCCUCUGUACAAGGUGAACGGAAUCCUUACACUGGCCACCUUCUUUUCCUGCCGGAUCCUUCUUUUCCCCUUCAUGUACUGGUCCUAUGGCCAACAGCAGGGACUGAGCCUACUCCAGGUGCCAUUCAAUAUUCCUUUCUUCUGCAAUGUGGCCAAUGCCUUCCUCAUUGCUCCUCAGAUCUACUGGUUCUAUCUGCUGUGCAGGAAGGCAGUCCGGCUCUUUGACACUCCACAAGCCAAAAAGGACGGUUAAAUGCUCCAGGAGUCAGGAAGUGAAGGUGCGUUCUCUUAUCAGCUGCCGCCUCUACUCAGUAUUUCAUGGACCAAAUUGUGCCCUGGGUGGGCUCAGCAUUUUGGACAAGCAGAUGAAUUUGAGUUUUUCUAAAGAAUAUUCAUAUUA